GGUCAACUAAAUGUUUGAAUUACGAUCACUGAAUCAGAAAAGCUUGAAAGAACAUGAAGGACGAAGAGCACGGAGUGGUUUGUUAUUUUAUUGUAAUCAAGGACUGAAGGAGAUGAGAUAUAGCUCAAAAUUUGACAACUGAACAAUACAACACAGAAAAUGGCAUCUAGCUUUGGAAAAUUACUUAAUGUUGCCCGUCUAUCAAAACAUAGUGCCGCAUCAUUCUCUCCAUGUGCUUCAAAAGUUACCAGUACUCCAGGUUGUGUUAGGACAUGGACAUUGUUGGCCCAGCGUCCGCCAUUACUGAAACAUCAACCAUUGGUAUCCUGUUUUCAAGUGUCCUGUUGUAGCUCUUGGUCUCCAAGACAUAAGCCCAAGGGUAACAAGAAAAACAAUUCUGAACAUGUAGACGAGGUUCCUGGGACAAGGUUUCGAGAUGGACCAAACAAAUAUCAGCCAAAGUCACCAUUCAAGAUUAGUACCCCUAGGUCAUAUGGCUACCAUGAGGACAUAUUCAGGGGAGGUGUUCUUCCACGUGAUGAUAAACCAUUUAGGGCCAUGAAAAAGUAUCAAGUGAAGAAUAGAUGGGAUGAAAAGCACUCUUUAUUUGGACAGAAUGACUAUAUUGAUAUUCUUGGAGAUGGCGAUGUCCACCCUGCAGACCUUCAGAAGGGUCCAUUAUGGCUUAUUGGUCAGAAAGAUAGGUCUGAACUUCACAGGCUUCUCAGAAGACUCCGCAUGGAAGGGGGAAAGAUUAAAGCCAUGUAUCCAACAAAAUAUGAAGCCAUGAAUAAAAGGGUGCGAUAUCUUUAUAGAAGAUAUAACAAAACAAACCGUUCUCAUAAAAUAAGUUAAUAUCCCGGUAGUUUUAGAUUGCUUUACAAAUUAUAUUAGUACAGGUUUAUACAAAAUCUUUGAAGUCUGAUAUUUCUCCAGUUUACACCUAUGUAUUGGACUAUGGUGCAUACCUACCUGGUAGGUUUUUUUUCUUUUCUACAUCAUCAUCAAAGUAUUAGCCAAUACAAUGUGCAUGCUUGUAUACCAGAUAAAACAAAUUGAACAUGGAAAAUUAAAAUUAAAAUUUUGUAAAAUAA